UAUCGAGCUCCCUCUCUCUCCAGACCAUAGCACAAAUCAUCCAUCCUCGUCCCCCAAAACCACCCGUCCAGCAGCAAAGCCUACAAUCAUGGCCCCUUCAGCUACCGAAGCCCAACCCCAAACCGAAAUCCCCAUCCACCCAGGCAAGGCCUCCCUCGAGAAGCCAUGGCUGAAGAGUUCUGGCAUUCUCAAUCAAUUUGAACAUAUUGAGCUCACGCCUGUCAUUGGCCGGGAAUACCCCCACGCCAACCUUGUCUCCUGGCUUCAAGCACCAAACUCGGACGAGCUUCUCAAAGAGCUAGCCUUGACCAUCUCCCAGCGCGGGGUGGUCUUCUUUCGUGCCCAGAACAACCUGACCGCCGAUCUCCAAAAGGAGCUAGUCAACAGACUCGGGCAGCUCUCCGGGAAGCCCUCUACCUCCGGUCUGCACAUACACCCCAUCCUGAACAGUGAGAGGGAGGGGUAUCGCGUUACCGACCCAGAGAUCUCGACCAUUGAUUCCGAGCUGAACAAGAGAAUUUACAAUAACUUUGCGCCGAAGAAGCAGCAGUCCGGGUCCUGGCACUCAGAUAUUGCGUUCGAGCCCGUCCCCGCGGAUUACUCCUCUCUCCGAUUGGAGAAGCUACCAAAGACUGGCGGCGACACGCUGUGGGCUAGCGGAUAUGAGAUCUAUGAUCGGAUCUCGGAACCCUAUCAAAAGUUCCUAGAGACGCUGACUGCGACAUUCGAGCAGCCAGGGUUCAUCAACGCGGCAGCGAAAGGGGGCUUUAGCCUCUAUGACAAAGAGAGGGGUAGUCCGGAGAAUGUGGGGAAGGACCUCAAGGCGGUGCACCCGGUCGUGAGGACGAAUCCGGUGACGGGUUGGAAGAGUAUCUUCCCCGUCGGAGGCCAUGUGGGGCACAUCAACGGUCUGACGGAACUGGAGAGCAAGGCCCUCCUAGACUGGUUUCUGAGACUACUGGUGGAUAACCAUGACUUGCAGGUCCGGUUCAAGUGGAACAGCCCGAACGACAUUGCGAUCUGGGAUAAUCGUUCAGUGUUCCAUACUGCCACGUAUGAUAUUGAAGGCCAGGGCGAGAGAUACGGGGUACGAGCUGUGAGCAUCGGCGAGAAGCCGUAUUUUGAUCCCGAGAGCAAGAGCCGGACGGAAGCUUUACGGGAGCAGGCUGCCACUGCCGCCGCUUGAUCAGAAGUUGAAAUUUCGAGUUGAUUUAGGAUUCUCAGAAUACUGGGCCUAUUGUAGAGUUGGAAUGUAGAGGCCUCUUUGGCUCCAUCAAAGGGCCUUAAGCUGCCCGUCGUAUGUCUAUACAUAUGUUCAUAUCCGAAGA